AUUGUCAAGGCCGUCAAAUGUCAAAUUAUCAAUAUCAACUCAAUAAUAAUAAAGUGGUUGGUGUAUAUUUAAUUCUAUACUAAAUACUUUUUGUUUCAGCACUUGCGAUCUGCAAAAUGGAUACACCCGAUUUAUUAACCCCUUAUAUUUCUCAGUCGGAUUCGGAACCUUCUAGUACACCAGGGAGUAUACCAAUUACCAUCACUUCAUCCGCCAACGAAGAUUUCUCAGAAUUACAAGAACAAGUGAUGGAAAAUAUUCAAAAACCUAAUGUACCCAAUGUAAAUGUUCCAGAAAGAAUAGUUCUUUGCUUGGAUGUUUGUUUUGACAAUAACAAAUCUCUGUAUAGGUUGGGCGAUGGCUCAACAUUCACACCGAUUAACAUGAUGAAAAGGGUGAUAGAAUUUUUUUUACAUUCUAAAAGUGCAAUUAACAAAAAAACUGAGUUUGCCAUAAUAGUGCUGAAAGAUUCAGAAGCAGUGUGGAUACAAAAUUUUUCUAGUAAUAUUAAGGACAUUUUAACUACUAUUGAAUAUUUAGGCCCAGAAGAAUGCAAAUCUGAAAUAUUUGAUAUGAAAAAUAUUUUCAAUUGGAUACAUCAGAAAGUUGAAAUACCUGAAUACAAAGAGGGAGAGAGCACACAGCCUCCUCCUUACGUGGUGCGCUUGCUCGUGUUUUAUGUGCGAUCAAAUUGUAUUCCGAUAAUUCCACAGAAUGAGGCAUACUUUAGCUUUCUCAAGAAACAGUUGUACUUCUACAUAGACAUAUUGCUCGCACAUGAAGAAGAAUGUUCAGUUUACAAAUGUGAAGAGGUGUAUGAUGCUCUUCAGGACUUAGAUAAUGGUUAUUCCUAUGUCUUUGAAGUAUCAAGAAAUGCAACAAAGAUUCAUGACUGUAUUGCUAAACUUCUUGCACAUCCACUGCAGAGACCUUUACAAAAAAAUACUGAUUAUACUUUUGGUGCUAAGAAUUAAAGCAAAAUAUCUAUGCAUUUUGAUAUCUGAGUUUGUUUCCUACCUUAGUCAUUGAUUAUUCAUACCAGUCCCAAUACUCAC